UUCCCUUGGUUGCUAUAGUAUUUAAUACAACGUUGCGUGGAACUGUCAGUCGUGUGCUUUCACUUCUCUGCCAAGAUGAUGUCCCUACGCGAUCCCUACCCUUUCCCAAAGCUGCAGAAUGAUGAAAAUUUCGCUGGACUUCGACAGACUUUACAAGAACCGUACGGUGUUCCUACACACUUGGCCCAGAAGCAGGACCCAUGGAACCGUCUGAACACGAAGCACACCCUGAGCAGCACGAGGCGGGAGGUUCAACAUUACGACCCUGUGGCUCCCCACGACAGCCUGGACUUUGUGUUGAAGUCAGAAUAUGACCAUCAUGGAGAGUUCCUCAAGGAUAAAAAUGAAACUCUUCUCCAGCCCGAGACUCUUGGCAGGGAACAUGGGAGGGUGCUCAAGAACCGGACAGUUGUAGUAGUACCACAAGCACCCACAAUGGACCAUCCAAUCAGCAUCUCCGAACAGACGAAGAGAGAGAACAUUCACUGCAUCAAGAAUGCAAUUGAGAGCCACCAUACACAGACAACAAACAAAGGCUAUUCUAGAAAACCUGACGGAGGAUUUUUUUGCUCUUGAUUUCCUCACUGUCUAGAAUCUCACAAUCCUCUGUCUAACUGCUUUUGUCUUCUAAAACUGGCAAUGCCCAGUCUCUUGCUGGGAGCACUAACAGAAACUAACAAAUUCAUAACAGAAAUAUCCCGAACCACAUCAUGUUUCAUUUGUUAUAUACAGGUUACUCUUUGUACUACACAACAGAAGUUAAGGACACUCGAUUCUGUCACAUGACUAAAGUUAAUCUGUCAUAAGGGGUGGUGGGGUAGCCUUGUGGUUAAAGCGUUCACUCCUCACGCUGAAACCCUGGGUUCAAUUCCCUACAAUGGUCUGGUGUCCCCUGCCAUGAUAUUGCUGGAAUAUUGAUAGAAGCAGCAUACUCACUCACUCUCUAUUCUGUCAUGCAAUGGCAGAUUAACUGUCAUAUUAAAAAAUUGGGUUUUUAAAAAAAAAAAUAUAAUUGAGAAUUAUUUAUGAAAUAAGCAUUCUCACAUGAUGGAAAUUGAAAGUUUUGUAAUCAACAACAUGCACAACUACUGAAUUUCGAUCAUCAUGACAAAAGUUAACAUUCACAUUAAUUCUUGUAAUUAUUGAAAAUAUCUUAUGAAAUUUGGGAUUACUGAAAAAGGCUUCAGGGUUACCUCAUCAGCACAGGGUAUGCUGUGUUAUAAACACACUGUUUACAACAUGCAGUAGUUUAAUGAACAACUGUGGCUUUGAUAACCUCUUGCAUUCCAAUUAACCUCUUUCAUCUUUCAGUUUCUUACCUGCUCAUAGUACUAACUGCAGUAGACAUCUUCCAUGGACAUUCAAGGACUUAUUUCCGAUGUGAACUAUGUCCUUUUGUCCUGCCGAGCUAGUCGCUACUAGUCAGUAGAACUAGUGUAAACUGUGUGCCUUCUCACAUGCCCAUUAAAUGUGCGUGAAAAAUUAGUCAAACAUUGCAAAAAUUGCCGAUUUUGAAUUAUUGUUUUGAAUACAUACACAAAAUGUGUCCUUAUGUAUUUGGAUUUGAUAAAUCAAUAAUUUGAAACUGAUAAAAAAUCAGGUGAUUCUACUGUAAUUGUUUGGAGUAACAUUAUUAUAAAUCAUGUUUACAUAAAUUGGAUUGACUGACUUUCUUCCUUUGCUUUUCUUCAUCCUUGCAUCUCACCUGUCAGCCUCAUCUACUGGUUGAUGCAUUUCAAUGUAUUCAAUGUGAAGCACCUUGGUCGUAUAACUUGUUAGUCAAAACAAAUCGUAUCAUAAAUUUAAUUGAUUAAACAGGAUGGAAAUUUAACUGGACAUGGAUUAAAUAUAUAAAUGGAAACAUAAUUUGUUCAAAUUUCUACAGGGGGUACUAAAGCAGUACAAUUGUUUGAUCAAGGCUGUAAAAUAAUAAAAAUGUACAAGUGGGACAUUUCUGAUUAAUUAUCUGCUCUUUGUUGAAACUCUAGAACAAUGAUCUUUUAUUAAAGAAUUGUAAAAAUUCAUUGCCAAUAUUGACUGCGAUUGUAUCUUAAAAUUGUAAGAUAAUGGAAUAUUUUUUAUAUGUUUAACUCAUGAAGUAACAAAUAAACAGUGAACAGUGAGUUUAAUAGUUAAUUAAGGGAAAUUUGAUUAAAACAUUGGAUCUCACUAAAGCACAAACUGUAGUCAGGUUAUCAGGUGCAUGCUUGAUGAAGGCAGGUGUCGCUCCUCUUCACAGUACUAAUCCCACCGUACUUAUCUCCCUUGUCACUAUAGAGAGCCCCCACAUCGCUGGCACCAAUGGCGGCUAUUCAAGGAAACAUGACGGUGGAUUCUACAGUACCUAACUUGUAGCAGUCCACAUUCGUCUCCAGCUAUUUAACAAGAUCCAUCAAUGUUCGUUAAAAAUAUUGUGUAAAAAAAAUUAACAACUUCAACAUGUUUAAUGAAGUGAUAUGAUGUUUUAGAUAAUGCUAACCCAUUUGUUGUUAAUUUGUAAACAUUAGUGUACUUAUUAUCUUUUAAAUCCUUGUUAAGAAAAUAAUUAUGUACAUAUGUAUAUUUUAUUAUGUAUUUUUUAGAAGUGUUGCUCUCACUAUAUAUUUAUUUUCUGUGAUAUAUUUUAUAUAGUUGUACAACAUAUUUACAUCUAGAAUUGUUUGAUUAUGCAAACUUUACAUCGUGCUGCUUUUAUAGACUUGCAUUUAUCCCAGCAAUACCAGAUCAGUAAUUAAUCCUUCAAAGUGGUUUUGCAUACUCAGCAGUUAUUAAAUCAAGAUGUCUUAACAGCUUCUACUAGUUUUGAUGAUGGUGUUUCCAUUUUUGGAUUGGACACUGAGGUCAUUGUCUGAAGUCAUAUACAAACUACCAGGAUUGUAUUUUUCCGCUUGUUCGUGUUUUGGUAUCCUGAAUAAUAUUUCAAGUAUAUUUUUCUGGAUUGUAAAAUGAUAAAAUUAAGGCUGGACAACACCAUGGCAUGAUAUUCAGAAUAAUAUGUUCUGUUCACAGGAAAGAGGAAAAGUUGAAAGAAUUUGUAAAUCAAAGCAUUUUUGUCAAAUAUUGGUUUGGUAAAAUUCUAGCAAGGAAAGUUAUGAUUGUGUGAUGUAGAAUUAAUUUGAGAUGAUAACCAGCAUCCGUUUGAGAAGUCUGUUGUGUAGACACAUUUAGAAAAAAUCAGUUCCUUGUCUUAUAAUAGUCCUCCACCUUGACCAAAACCUCUCGAGCCAUAGCUAACCAAACAGUAUUACUGCCACACAGUGUUUAGUGGUCUAGUGUCUAGUAGACAGGAGGGAGCAGCUUGGCUUAAUUGGCAUGAUAGAGAGUAUUAUCAAGUAUUAUUGAGACAUAUCAUUUUGAAGUCUGUUUUUCUGAAGUCAGUUUAUUCUAGCAUGUGAGCACUGGUGUAUAUUUACUGUUAUUUUAGCUGUGAUACCUCCUUCAUGUUCACGUCUUUACACCAUGAUAAGUGUACUGAUACUGACAGUAUAUGGAUUUUGAUUGCAUUAAAAUUAUUCCAUACAA